AUGAAUAGAUGGAACCAGACAAGCGGAGAAUGCUGGAGGCAGAACGCUACCGAAAGCUUGGGGACGUCGAACCUGUCCUCGGGGCAGGUUCUGGAUGACACGAUGAUGAUGCAUAUCUUGCCUUCGGUGUAUGGGAUCCUGUGCAUCGUGGGUGUCGGGGCGAACAGCCUGGUCAUCCACACACUUCUGACAUGUAAGACUAAAGGGGUGUCUGACAUCUACGUGCUGAGCUUGGCUAUCGCCGACUUGCUGUUUCUGCUGGGGAUGCCUUUCACAAUCCAUCAGCUGGUCAGAGACAGGCAGUGGAUCUUCGGUCAGUUCAUGUGCAAGGCGGUGACGGUUAUAGAUGUUAGUAACCAGUUCACCACCGUUGGCAUUGUCACCGUCCUUUGUAUAGACAGGUACAUAGCAAUAGUCCACCCCACAACAGAGAAGAGGACCAAGUGUUGGACGAUGCUGGUGAAUGGCCUUGUGUGGCUUGGCAGCUGGUCAAUGACAGUCCCAGUGAUGUUAUAUUCCAGGACCAUCCGGAUGGGAGACAUUGAAGUAUGUGUACUGGACCUGCCUUCUGGAGCAAAAGAUAUGUACUGGUAUACACUCUAUCAGUCCAUAUUGGGAUUUAUCAUUCCUCUUAUUAUUAUAACCACCUUCUACUCACUGACUCUCUUUCAUGUCUUUAAGUCACUCAGAAGAGUGGGUAGAAAGCAAUCAGUGCAGGCGAAGAGGGCCACCAAAACUGUGCUGAUGGUGAUAGCUGUCUUUUUGGUGUGUUGGUCACCCUUUCAUGUGAUGCAGGUCCUCAAUUUAACGGCCAUGCAGCCCAGCCUGCUUUUUGUUUACACCUACCAUAUCAGUAUCUGCCUGAGCUAUGCCCACAGCUGCAUCAACCCCCUCCUGCUCCUGUUCUUCACAAAGAAUUUCCAGGAGCGUUUGUGUGGCAUUGUGACAAAGAGCAGGUCCACCUCUCCUGUCCAGUUGGCUGCCACAAGAAGAGGGGGAGCUUGUGAAACCAUGGAAGUGGAGUGUAAGAGCUCAGUCCUCUGA